AGGUGCGCCGCCUGGAAAUGUCUCCAUUAGUGGUCGCCUGCUCCCCGCUGGAGCGCGCGCGCGGAGCGGCCGCGCGGAGCCCUCACGGGCGGCCAAGAGUGGUCCGGCGCCACAGCAGCGCCUAGGAGUCGGUGGCCCGGGAGCAGUGGCCGCGCCACGCCGGCGUCCGCGCCCAGGACCCAGCCGGCCCCGCCCUCAGGCCCCGGGUCAAGCCCGCCAUGUCCUACCCGCAGUUCGGAUACCCCUACUCCUCGGCUCCCCAGUUCCUGAUGACCACGAACUCCCUGAGCGCGUGCUGCGAAUCUGGCAGCCGCACGCUGGCCGAGUCCGGGCCAGCAGCAUCGGCCCAGGCGCCUGUCUACUGCCCGGUCUACGAGAGCCGGCUGCUGGCCACCGCGCGCCACGAACUCAACUCGGCCGCGGCGCUCGGCGUCUACGGAGGCCCCUAUGGCAGUUCGCAAGGCUAUGGCAACUACGUAACCUAUGGCUCUGAGGCGUCUGCCUUCUACUCACUGAACAGCUUCGACUCCAAGGAUGGGACGGGGUCUGCGCAUGCGGGCCUAGCACCCGCUGCUGCCGCUGCGGCCUACUACCCCUAUGAGCCGGCGUUGGGCCAGUACCCCUAUGACAGGUAUGGAACCAUGGACAGCGGUACGCGGCGGAAGAACGCCACGCGCGAGACCACCAGCACGCUCAAGGCCUGGCUGCAGGAACACCGCAAGAACCCCUACCCCACCAAAGGCGAGAAGAUCAUGCUGGCCAUCAUCACCAAGAUGACCCUCACGCAGGUCUCCACCUGGUUCGCCAACGCGCGCCGGCGUCUCAAGAAGGAGAACAAGAUGACUUGGCCGCCUCGGAACAAGUGCGCGGAUGAAAAGCGGCCCUACGGAGAGGGCGAGGACGAUGAGGGCGAGGAGGAGGGGCGAGAGGAGCCUCUCAAAAGCACCAAGAACGAAGAGGCCAUUAGCAAAGAGAAGCAGCUAGAACUCAGUGACUUGGAGGACUUUGACCCCCUGGAGACGGAGACCCCCGAAUGCGAGCUGAAGCCACCCUUCCAGACUUUGGACAGCGGCCUGGAGCGCGUCCCCGCGACCCCCGACGGCCCUGGUGCCCCAGGCAAGGAGGCCUCCAGCGUCCUCCGGAUGCCAAUGGCCGCUGGUGCCAGAGCUGGCCUGGACGAGGACCUGGAGAGGGCUCGGAGCUGCCUCCGAAGCGGGGUAGCGGGGCCCGAGCAGCAGCCAGGCACGGGGGGCGGCCCGCAGACCUGCGAGGCCAAACUAGGCUUCGUGCCCCCCGGAGUGACAGCGGGUCUGGAGGCCAAGCCGCGCAUCUGGUCCCUGGCACACACUGCCACCGCUGCCGCGACCACUGUCCUGAGUCAGACUGAGUUUCCGUCGUGCAUGCUAAAGCGCCAAGGCCCCACCGCCCCCGCAACCUCGUCAUCAGUACCCUCCACGUCCUCGCCGGCGGCCCCUGCCCCCGCCCCGCCUGGGGCCCUGGACCGGCAUCAGGACUCCCCGGUCACCAGUCUCAGAAACUGGGUGGACGGGGUCUUCCACGACCCUAUCCUCAGGCACAGCACUUUGAACCAGGCCUGGGCCACCGCCAAGGGAGCCCUCCUGGAUUCGGGACCGCUGGGACGCUCGCUGGGGGCGGGCACCAACGUGCUGACGGCGCCCCUGGCUCGCGCCUUCGCACCCACUACUCCUCAAGACGCCCAGACUGCGGGUGUGGCCAAGGAGCUGCUUGCUUUGCCCAAGGCCGGCGGCAAGCCCUUCUGCGCCUAA